GGCAGUCCGAGAAAAAUAACAAAUGUAGUUAUAGGUCAUCGAUGGAGUUAAUACACGGGAUGCAUUUAAUAGAGGUCAAAGGUCAUAUAAGUAAACCAUAUUUAUUAUGUACUUUAUCUACCAGUGGUAGUAGACUACAACUGUAAUACAUAUUCACGCGACCUACUUUACAUAUUGAGGGAGAGAAGGAUAAAAUUGACUAUAAGCAGCUACAGUUUAAAGACAUAAUGGCCUUAGUUAAAAUACCAGAUGAAGCGGGGAAAACGAUCGCAUUUAUAGAAUUAAAUGGCCGAUUGUUACCCCAGUUUGAUAUAGAUUGUCUGGAGAAUGUUCCUAGUUUACCUUUAAGAGAUGAUGACGUAUUAGUCUGCGCGUUUCCUAAAUGUGGUACACAUUGGUUAUUUGAGAUCAGUCGAAUGUUAAAACAGAAUACCACAAAUGUACCGGUCCAGCCUAAAGAUGAUUUUAUGAUAGAAUUUAUACCGCAGAAAACUCUGGCCUCACUACCUUCACCUCGUAUCCUCAAUUCACAUUAUCGGUUCCAAUACCUACCUUCAGAUUUAAAGAAGAAAAAAACUAAAAUAAUUUACAUCAGACGCAACCCGAAAGAUGCCGCCGUGUCAUUUUAUAACCAUUCGAAAAAGUUGUCCAAGUAUUAUGAAUAUGAUGGAGAAUUUAAGGAUUAUUUAAAACUGUUCGUGGAUGGAAAAGUUGAUUAUGGCAGUUGGUUUGAAUAUGUAAAGGAAUGGGAACAAAUUAUAUCUACGUCAGAUUUACCAAUUUUAGAAUUGACAUACGAAGGCAUGAAGGAGGACCCUGUCGGAGGAAUAAGAAAGAUAUCUGAGUUUUUAGGCACGACACCAACAGAAGAACUGAUUCGAGAUAUACAUGAUAAGUGUAGUUUCUCUAGCAUGUCGCAACGUAAAGGUCAUUUUACCGGAAUGGUUGAAGGUCAAUCUAUUAUGUAUAGAAAAGGUGAAGUGGGUGAUUGGAAAAACUGGUUUACUGUAGCCUUGAAUGAGUGGUUUGAUCAGAUCUACGCCCAGAAAAUGUCAGAUUCGAAAUUACAAUUCAAAUAUUCAUUAUGAUGAUUUAAACUACAACUGCACAGUGUAAUAAUAGCUAUAAUUUUAAAUAGCUGUAUUAGAUUACAACAGUCUUCAUUGUGAUUUUGCUUCAGUGAAUUUAAAUGGACUUAUCGUUCCUUUCCGUUCCGCCAGUUAAGAAACGAAAUGAAAUGAAAUAGGUUUAACGUCCUACUGUUCUGCUCCGAACUGGGUUAAUGAAGACGGGAAAUUUUGCCCGGACAGCGGUCUUACGGUCUACUCUUAUAUCGAAUUCCAACUGUCUAGGGAUCUUGUUUGUGCAAGCCAGUGUGUACACGGAACCUCGGGUUUUCGUCCCACCCGAACGACUAGACAGCUGUCCUUGUCAGGCCCUCCAUCCUGCAUCACUGACAAGGGGGAACCAGCUAGCGAGCCAGCGUCUUAACAAUUAGCCACCGUGACACCCCCGGGGGGUUAAGAACAUCUGAUACAAGUUUACUAAAGAUACACCAGCCGCAGAGUAACAUAUCAUCUGAUAGAAACCUUCUUACGAUAUCGUCGCCAGAUAAGAUCAUUUGAUAAAAUCUUACAAACGAUAGCUUCCGUGGGUUACAGUCAUCUGACAAAAGCCUUCUAACGAUACCCUCCACCGGUUAAGAUCAUCUCUGAUAAAAGCUUACUAACGACACCUUCAGUCAGUUAAGAUCACUGAUAAAAGCCUA